CCCAAAUCAGUCCAACGUACUGCCUGCCAAUUCGACAUGGGAAAUCCGAACACGCUUCAAAAAAACGACACCCAGAUCGCGCCAAACGACCGACCCGACUCUAGAAAGGGAGCUAGCGGAUGCAACGAUGACCUCGAUUGCUAGCGCCCUUGCGCGGGCCCUCCCGAAGCCGAAAUACACAGGCGAGGAUGAAGAGCCGCCAUCACACGCGGUGCAGCGCGGUCCGCGGGUGCUGGGCCCCGGCCAGCUAGACGAGACCCAGAUCGUGCUGCGGAGGACGGGCCCGCCACCGUACGGACAGCGAUCGUCGGGCUGGCGGCCACGCAGUCAGGAGGACUACGGUGAUGGCGGCGCCUUCCCCGAGGUGCCCGUGGCGCAGUACCCGCUCGAGAUGGGCCGCAAGUCCGGGUCGGGGAAGAGCAACGCGCUGGCCGUGCAGGUCGACGCCGAUGGCAAGGUCAAGUACGACGCCAUCGCGCGACAAGGGCACGGCGAGGGUCGCGUCAUUCACACGUCUUUCAAAGACCUCAUCCCUUUGCGGCAGCGCGCCGAAGCAGGCGACAUUGACCUGGCCAGGCCGUCCAAGGAAGAUGUUGCGGCGACGGCGGAGCGAACACGCAACGCGCUCGCGGUGCUAGUCAGCGGCGCCCUCGCGUCGCAAAAGCCAAAGAACGUCAACGUCGGCGGGCGCAAGGACCCAACCUUUGUGCGCUACACGCCCGCCAACCAGAUGGGCGACACCAGCGGUCCCAAGCAGGAUCGCAUAAUGAAGAUCGUGGAGCGCCAGCGCGACCCCAUGGAGCCGCCCAAAUUCAAGCACAAGAAGAUCCCGCGCGGCCCGCCCAGCCCGCCGCCGCCGGUCAUGCACUCGCCGCCCCGGAAGCUUACGGCGCAGGACCAGGAGGACUGGAGGAUACCGCCACCCAUCUCCAACUGGAAGAAUCCCAAAGGCUUCACUGUGCCCCUAGACAAGCGCCUGGCCGCCGACGGGAGAGGCAUGCAGGACGUCACCAUCAACGACAAGUUUGCGCAGUUCUCGGAAGCCCUGUUUAUGGCCGACCGGCACGCGCGCGAGGAGGUCAAGCAACGAGCGUUGAUGCAGCAGAGGCUAGCAGAGAAAGAGAAGGCACAAAAGGAAGAGAACUUGCGGCAGCUGGCCCAGAAGGCGCGGGAGGAACGCGCCGGGGCUGGUCGGCGGCGGUCCAGAUCCAGGUCUUCGAGGUCCAGGUCCGGCAGCUACAGCAGCCGGUCCGACUCCGGCGAGGACAGCCAGGACGAGGACGAGCGGGAGCGGAUCAAGGCCCGAAAGGAGAAGAACCGCGAAGAGGAACGUAAGAUGCGGAUGGGACGCAUGGGAGCGGAGCGCAAGAUGCAGGUGAUGGCCCGAGAGGCUGGACGUGACAUAUCUGAGAAGAUUGCACUGGGCUUGGCCAAGCCGACGCAGUCUACCGAGGGCAUGUACGACUCGCGGCUUUUCAACCAGAGCUCCGGGUUCGCGUCGGGCAUCAACGAGGACAACCCCUACGACAAGCCGCUGUUCGCGGCGCAGGACGCCAUCAGCAGCAUCUAUCGUCCCCGGGCCAACAUGGACGACGAGGACGAGGCGGCAGGCGAUGCCGAGAUGGCAAAGAUUCAAAAAGCCAGCCGGUACGGCGAGGUGCUUGGCCGGGGCACGUUCAAGGGCGCGAGCGACGUCGAGGCGCGAGAGGGCCCCGUGCAAUUUGAAAAGGACCGGGGAGGGGCCGGAGGGGCAGCGGCCUCGGCCGGGGGUUCGGGCGCAGUAGACCCUUUCAACGUGGACAAAUUCCUGUCAGAGGUGGAGCAGAGCACAACGUCCAAGCGGUCGUAUGGACUGCAGGGCGGCGGCGGGGACGACGGGGGACGGCCAAAACGGGCCAGGGUAGACGACGAGGACGACUGAGAGUGUCUGCUCUCACGAUAAGGUCGGCAGCUGGCGGCGUCGAUUUCGCCGGAGCCCGCGGGCAACUAGAGAGUAUAUCUGCGAUGCCGAGUCGCUUAUAAUUACCAAUCACCAAAUACCAAAUGCCAAACACCUUGAUUUUCAAACCAUACAAGCUGUCGACAGAGAUUUCAACCAUCCCAGUCGUUUGGAUCACCGCCGAGACGUGUUUGCGGGAUACUACCAAGCCUCCCGCUAUCGCCAUCUCUACCGCAUCGCCCAGGCUUGCGUAACCACGCCUACCCCUAUUUCCCGGGCCCUAGCUUGUGUUUCUGCCAAUGAGUGGGCACUGGGCAUCCUGUUCAAGACGCGUGCUCCACGACGAUCCCGCAGAAGCCCACCGAGCCCCACCUACUAGGUGCCUGACCACCAG